AUGUUCACCACACCACCUUCACAAUUGCAACUAUCACACGCUUUCACCACACCACCACCAUUACAACUCCAGUCGACUCCAACUCCUACUACGCCACCAUUACGAUGCCAAUCCCAUCAUACACCACCCACAAUAUCUCCUUUACUACAGCCGUUAUACACAACGACCUCAUCUACAAUAUCUCCUUUACUACAGCCGCUAUAUACUGCGACCUCACCUACAACGCCACCCCCACUUUCGACUUCAUUGUCGGUAGACGUGCUAACUCCCACAAGCGAAAAUUUCUUCGAGAAUGAAAGAAAUUCUUAUUUUUCCGACUCGUCGUCGGAUGAUGAAAAAGGGAGUGACGAGGAAGAGAGCAGAGAGGAGGAAUUUGACACUUUUGUCCAAACGGCCCGACCCCCUCUUGCACCCUUCUCGCAUUUACGUCCCCCGUCAAACAUCCUACAUCGCGUAGCCAAGAGAGUUAUUCGAGAAUAUCCUGACUGGAGACAUUCGACUACAGACACAAUGAGAGGUCUAAGAGAUUAUUUGAGGAGUUUGAGUUGGAGUAGGAGUAGGGAAGAGGGCGAAUGGGAGGAAUGUGUAAAUAAGUGGGAUUGA